CACAUUCGGAUUGGGUUGUUACCAUACCUCGAGUCCCCAUCAAAACCCCCGAGCUACUCUCACCUCAAACCCUCUUUCUCUCUCUAGAAUCUCCCAAAGAGAGUCCCUCUCUCCCCAAUUUUCCCAUGAUUUUCUGAUCACCAGUUUUCCCUCCAUCCAAACAUCCCCAAGAAAAUGUCUCACUCCGUUUUCGCUCCCCAAAUCAUGCCUGUCGCCCCCACGAAGACCAUCUACUCGUCAAACCCCCUCUUGCCCAUUCACACUCUCAGUUCUCUCCGCCCCGCCGCCGCCUCCGCCUCCGCCUUCGCCAAGCGUCGGAGCCUGGCGGUGAGGGCUUCGUCAUCGGCUUUGGUCGAUGGCGACUCUGUUGCGUUGUUGGAGCGGUGUUUCUUGGCGGACUCGGCUUCGGUCCCGUCUUCAUCGGCUUCAGCGAUGCCCCUUCCAGUUAUGAAAGGGAAGUACGGUUCUUUUGGGGCGGUGACGUUGGAGAAAUCGAAGCUUGAUUUGUCGCAGAAGCAGUCAAGGUUGAGUCCUGAGACUGCUAUUGGUGGUGGUGGUGGAGACAUCGGAAAGAGAAUCAAUAAUGGUGGUGGUGAUGGAGGUGAUGAUGAUGGUGAUGAUGAUGAUUACUUUGACGACUUCGAUGAUGGUGAUGAGGGAGAUGAAGGUGGACUAUUUAGGCGGCGCCUUGUUCUUGAAGAGCUGUUUGACCGGAAAUUUGUGGAUGCGGUUUUAAAUGAGUGGCAGAAGACAAUGAUGGAUUUGCCUGCUGGGCUCCGUCAAGCUUAUGAAAUGGGUUUGGUCAGCUCGGCUCAAAUGGUAAAAUUCCUAGCAAUCAAUGCCAGACCAACCACUGCUAGGUUUAUAUCUCGAACACUUCCCCAAGGAAUGUCUAGGGCAUUUAUUGGCAGGAUGAUAGCAGAUCCAGCUUUUGCAUAUAGGCUUCUUCUAGAACAGGUUACCACAAUUGGCUGCUCUGUGUGGUGGGAGUUGAAGAAUCGCAAAGAGAGGAUAAAGCAGGAAUGGGAUCUGGCACUUAUUAACGUGCUCACAGUAUCAGCAUGCAAUGCUAUUGUAGUUUGGUCUCUUGCUCCUUGCCGUUCGUAUGGCAAUACUUUUCGGUUUGAUUUGCAAAAUACGUUGCAGAAGCUUCCAAACAACAUAUUUGAAAAGAGCUAUCCGCUUAGGGAAUUUGACUUGCAGAAGAGAAUUCACUCGUUCUUCUACAAGGCUGCUGAGUUCUGUAUGGUUGGAUUAACUGCUGGAGCAGCACAAGGUGCUUUGACAAAUUUUGCUGCCAGUAAAAAGAAGGAUAGGUUAUCUGUCACAAUCCCAACUGUGAGUACAAAUGCUCUUGGUUAUGGUGCAUUCCUUGGGCUCUAUGCAAACUUACGAUAUCAGCUAUUGUGUGGAGUUGAUAGAGUGAUGAUCAACCAUUUUGACGUUAUUGGAGUGGCUCUGUUCUUUAGCACAGCUUUGAGGAUUUUGAAUGUUCAAUUAGGGGAGACAUCAAGGCUGGCUUGGCUCGGGGUGGAGGCAGAUCCACUGGCCCAGUCAGACAACCUCUUGAAGGCGUACAACAGGCCUUCUGAGGGUGCUGCUGAGUCAUCUUCAAAAUGGUUUAUAUCAAAGAAGGCCAUUGUUUCUGGGCUUGGACUCCUCGGCAUCAAACAGGGGACAGGUGAUUCUGUUGCUAAUCAGGAAUCAUCACCUCCCAAGGCACGAAGAAAGAGGGUCAUCAGGAAGAAGGUCACCACAACUUCUGCGUAGUUUACCCGAUCUAAUCACCAUGACCAAACAAUUUUGCAGCCUGAUAAGAAAAUGCGGGAAGAGCUUGCAUGUCAAAUCCUGAGCAGAAAGAAGAGCUGAGAGAGAUGGUGAUCCAGGCUGCUAAGGUGGAAGUCACUGAAAGCCAUACAUUCAACAGUUCUUAGGAGAAUAUUGGGGGAGAUUUCUUGAAAUUUUUUUUUUCCUUUCUCAUUCCCUUGUUUUGAUUCUUAACUAGUUUGUUAGACACUGUGUCCCAAAUUCCAUAUUCAUCUUCCAAAUAAGAUGGGAGGUUUAUUGUUGUGCUCA